AUGGGCGUGUGUGUGUGGAUGCGUCUGCGUGAUGGAUCUGUGCUGUUCCUUGCUGCUACUGCUGCUGGUGUUGGUGGUUCUGCUGGUGGUGCUGGUGCUGGUGCUGGUGCUAGUGCUAGUGCUGCUGCUGCUGUCCUGCUAGCGGCUGCGAGUUUUAUCAGACUUGCCGAGCGAGCCGCUCCAUAA